AUCAGGUCAAAGUGUUUAACUGUGCUGUGAUAUAUCUUAAAUCUGGCACAAAUGAUAUGGACAAAAUCUGCCACCAACCAUGGCAGUGAAACUUGUCUUUAGAUUUUAUUGUAAUGAUAAUGGCUUGUUAUGUCUGUUUGUUCAGGUGUUUGAGGGAACAUCUGGCAUCGAUGCCAAGAAGACGGCGUGCGAGUUCACUGGUGAUAUCCUGCGUACCCCAGUGUCAGAGGACAUGCUUGGGCGUGUGUUCAAUGGCUCGGGCAAACCCAUCGACCGCGGGCCCACUGUUCUGGCUGAGGACUACCUGGACAUCAUGGGUCAGCCCAUCAAUCCUCAGUGUCGUAUCUACCCUGAGGAGAUGAUCCAGACCGGUAUCUCAGCCAUCGAUGGCAUGAACAGCAUUGCCAGAGGACAGAAGAUCCCAAUUUUCUCCGCUGCUGGGCUGCCCCACAACGAGAUUGCUGCCCAGAUCUGUCGCCAGGCUGGCCUGGUGAAGAAGUCCAAGGACGUGAUGGACUACAGUGAUGAUAACUUUGCCAUUGUCUUCGCAGCCAUGGGGGUCAACAUGGAAACUGCCCGCUUCUUCAAGUCUGAUUUCGAGGAGAAUGGCUCCAUGGACAACGUCUGCCUUUUCCUCAACCUGGCCAAUGACCCCACCAUCGAGCGUAUCAUCACCCCCCGCCUAGCGCUGACGUCAGCGGAGUACCUGGCCUACCAGUGUGAGAAGCACGUCCUGGUCAUCCUGACUGACAUGAGCUCCUACGCUGAGGCUCUGAGAGAGGUCUCUGCUGCCCGAGAGGAAGUGCCCGGCCGUAGAGGCUUUCCUGGCUACAUGUACACUGAUCUGGCCACCAUCUACGAACGUGCCGGCCGUGUGGAGGGCAGAAAUGGCUCCAUCACCCAGAUCCCUAUUCUCACCAUGCCCAAUGAUGACAUCACCCAUCCGAUUCCUGAUCUGACUGGAUACAUCACAGAGGGUCAGGUCUACGUUGACAGACAGCUGCACAACAGACAGAUCUACCCACCUAUCAACGUGUUGCCCUCACUGUCCCGUCUGAUGAAGUCAGCCAUCGGUGAGGGGAUGACCAGGAAGGACCAUGCUGACGUUUCAAACCAGCUGUAUGCCUGCUAUGCCAUCGGUAAGGACGUCCAGGCUAUGAAGGCUGUGGUGGGAGAAGAGGCCCUCACCUCCGACGAUCUGCUCUACCUUGAGUUCCUCCAGAAGUUUGAAAAGAACUUCAUUGCUCAGGGCCCGUACGACAACAGGACGGUGUAUGAAACCCUGGACAUCGGCUGGCAGCUGCUGCGAAUCUUCCCCAAGGAGAUGCUCAAGAGGAUUCCUCAGAGCACCCUGGCUGAAUUUUACCCCAGGGAGUCUGCCGCCCGUCACUGAGGCCCACAGAGGGAUGCCCUGGUUCUCGUCCCGUUCACCCUUUUUACCCACCAUCCUCUUCUCCCCUUAUUCCCUUCUUUCAUCUCACCCGACAGCCCUGCAGCUCUAGGGGCUCAGAGAUGAGAAGUUGUUGAGCCUUCACCCAUCCCAAACCUGCCCUCCCUUCUUCUCCACUGUUCUUAUUACCCCACUUCCUUCCCCGAAUGAGAACAGGCUAAUAAUCUCCCCCUGCUGUAGAUGUACUGUCGUGUAUAUGUGUCCAGAAGUGUAUGAAAAGUGUCUGUGGUUGUAAUGUCUACUCCUUGAUUGCAAAAAAAGGUGAACAUAUCCUACAAAUGAUAAAUGAGUCCUUAUUUAUUGGGGUGUUACUGCUUGAUCCCCCUCAUCUCCCACUAAAACGAGAGGUUUCCAACUGAAGAAAGACGUGUACAGAAGAGGGUCACAUACAGUACUCCUGCUGUUGGGUCAGUCAGGUGAAGCUCAUGAAGUUUAUUCAGACUGAUGCUGAUUCAACAUGUAAUUUUCUAAAGUAAAAGCUUUUGAAAAUGAACAAAUGCUGAACACAAGUUUACAGCUUCACAAACUGAACCACAAAAACAUCACCAUAUUGGUAUUAACCUGAGGGUGAUUUCAUAGUCUAGUACUUCUCUUAUUUUGUCCGCCCCCUUUGUAUUGUUUAAUAAUAAGCAGCUGCUGUAUUUUUUUCAUGUCAAGUUGGCCAUUGCUCUGAUUUUCUCGAUAUGCUGAGAAAGCAUCUUUGGUGACCAGACACAGCUGGGAGCCGAUGUUUGCUCGAUGUUGACGCAGUACUUUGACUCUUUCUUCCCUCUUGCUUCUUCUGUCUACUCUGGAAAAAAUAGUGCGGAUGUUUACAUUAUUUCUGUGUUUUGAUUUGUGUUGCAAAAAGAUGAGUCUAUAAGAUAUUAUUAAACAUUCCCAUCUGUCUGCAGAAACUAAUUCUUUGUUGUGCAACAAUAAUGUUUUUGUGAUGUAAUGUGUCCAUGAAUAAAUUAAAUUAUACGAG